UUUCUUUAAGCGGAUGGUUUUGUGAUGUUACCAGUUAGUUGUAAGGCAUCAACAAAGAUUCAAGAUGGCGGCGAAAGUUAUUGGAGAAAAGAAAGAGAUCAGUCUUUGGGACCAAAUAUGUGCAGAAGUGGCAGCCACAAGACCCCCUUUUGAGCCUCCAGAAGAUGACGCAUCAUCUGUGAAAACUGAUGUCAUUCAAUAUGACGCCACCAAGCACAAUCCCGUCUUCUACGGGCGGAUGUUCGCCAAGGUUCCCGCGGACAGCGAUCCCUUCGAGUCGUUUGACCCGUCCACCUCUCACCCCGCGUGCGUCGGGUAUUCUCUCGUGGAGAAACCUCCGCCACCACCGAGUCCUCCCAGCACACCGCUGCCUGAUCCUAGGCUAUGUGCACCCAGAGAGUACCUGGAACAUUACAUCUUCCCAGUCCUGCUGCCAGGGAUGGUGGAGAUGCUGAGGGAAGCCAAGAACCAGAGGUGCUUUGAGAGGAAGAGAACCAAGUUUAACGCCUGUGACUUCCUCACAGAGUGGCUCUACAAGAUGAAUCCUAAAUUUGCGGGAGACAGAGAUGACAUCACACUGUUUGAAAUUCCGUUUGUCAAGAGCUGGUUGGAGGAACACCCCCGGCCCCCAUUGCCUUUAUCCUUACUGUUGUCUGAUGAAGAAGCUGCCACCAUCAUCCAAUCAUUCUUCAGGGGAUACCUGACAAGAAGAGACCCUGAGGUUCAGGAGCUGCGUCAGUGGCAGCGUGAACUGCGGGAGGAAGGAGAGGACAUCUCCAUCAAGGUCGAGGAGUUCUGGAGAAAACACGAGCCCUCGGAGGAGGGCCACGAUCCCACGCAAAAGGCCUCUCCGAAGGGAACCCACAAGACCUCAAGUUCAGGCAGUCCCAGGGGUUUUAAAAAACAGAGGGCGUCUUCUGGGAUUUCUGCUGUGACUUCAGAAGUGUCGAUCAGUAUAGAGCCCCCCUCCCCACAACCCCCACAGAGUCCGGAUGUGUGAAACACAGGAGAAAGAAAUUUGAUGUAAGAUGCAACCAACUUUGAGAAUUUCUACCCCCCUUUCCUGUAAAAAGUGUAUUACUAUAGAAUGGUUUGAAAUCCUAUAAAUACAAGUCUGGAAAGGGAUAAAUUGCACACAAUUGAUGUUAUUGUAAAUAUUUUGAAAAGUUUUGUGCAUCAUUGUGUGAAUAUGAAAUUUACAUUAUAUUUAAAACGGAGAGUAAAGGGAGUUCAAGCUAGAAUGAUGUUUGAUAUAUCAAAAUAUGCACUUUCCAUUGUAAAUUUUCAUUGGUGAAAACCUUUCAUUUUAAUGACUUGAAUCUGUGCUUGUAUAUAUGUAUUGAGUUUCUAUGUUUGUGACUUGAAAUGGAAGAAACAAUUAAUAAUAUAAUAAUUUUUACCAAAGUCAUUGUUGUAGUGAUUUCUAAUGUGGUGAAUCCAAACUACAUGGGGACUGUAUCUAGUUUUGUUGAAGAAUUGUUUUGAGACAGCAAUGAAAAGUAGUGUAGAUAACAUUUAAA